AUGCUCUUCGCACGUGCCAAUCUACUCCGCGCAUCUAUGCGAGCCGCCGGCUCCACAGCCCGUCGACCGGCGCAGCAGCUCGCUCGUCGAACAUACGCCUCAGGACACUCGCACGAGGCGAAGAAGUCGAGUGAUUUGCCAUGGCUCCUCGGAUCCGUAGGCCUUGGUGGUCCCGCGGCCUUCUACCUGAUUCAAAGCAGACCGCAGAAGCAAUCGCACGGCCACCACGGUGAUGCCCACCACGACGCUUCGGAGGACGCCGAGAAGAAGGAGGCCGAGACGUCUGCCCAAGAGGCGGAUGCGCAACCCGACCGGGACGCCGAACAGAAGACUGAGCAGGCUUCUGAGCCGAAGAGCGACGAGGGAUCGGGCGACGACAAGCCUAAGGGUGGAUCGCUGGGCGAGCCGCCUUCGAAUGCGGACCAGCCUGAUAGUCGUAAAGAGCCUGGCGACUCGGCCAGCACGUCGGCUAAGCAGGAGGGUAUUUCCAACUCCACCACAGACAACCCCUUCGUAAACGAGCCGGGGAAGAGCGUCAAGGGCGAGGGUGAGACGGAGACGGCCAAGGUCAAGGGCACUGUUUCUCCCGAACGGCCCCAGGCUUAG